AAAAAAACAGAGGCCGACUCAGAUAGCUUGAACCGCCUCAGAAUUAAUUCUACCGCUGUAAUCAAGUCGGCGGGAACGAGAGAUUUAAAGGGUUUCCUUCCUUUCUUACGUUCAUUCAUUCAUUCACUCCAACCAAAAAAAAAAAAAAAAAAAGAAGCAAAGAUCCCAUUUUUAUUUCCCCUGUUUCUUGCUUCCCCUGUUUUCCACCAUCCCCUGUUUUCCUCUUUGCAUGGUUGUGGGUUCGUUGAUAUGCACCCUGUACGUGAUUAUAGUAAUAACGGAAGUAAGAGGAAGAUGAAGGAAGAAGAAGAAGAUGAUGGGAACGGUGGCGGUGAGCUAAUUGGUCCGCCAUUAAUGGCGGAGGAAGUGGUGAAGAAUACUCCCAGGCACAUGCUGAUGUCGACGGAGAGCGAGAUGGAGGCGAUGGUCUCCGCUUUGACCCACGUCGUGGCUUCCGGCGGUGGUGGAGGAAGUGGUGAUCAAUUUCGCUACGAGAAUGAUGGGUUUGGGUUAUUUGGAGCUCCUCCUUUUCUUCAACAACAUAAUCAAUAUCGUCAUGUCGAUUUUCUACUUUCUCAACAAGCUGCGGCACGACCUUCGCCAUCUCCAUUAGCUGCACAAGGAGCAGCGCCGAUGACGAGCAAUAGUACAACCACGGUGGUGUACGAACACACUCCGACCCCAUCGUCCGGCCACCACGGACCGGCAGCGGCAGAGGAAGGCAGCAGCGGGAGGAAGUACAGGGGAGUGAGGAGGCGGCCAUGGGGGAAAUGGGCGGCGGAGAUUCGAGACCCGUUCAAGGCCGCCAGAGUGUGGCUGGGGACGUUCGACACGGCGGAGGCGGCGGCCAGAGCGUACGACGAGGCCGCAUUGAGGUUCAGAGGCAGCAAGGCCAAACUCAACUUCCCGGAGAACGUCAAGCUCCGGACCAUCAACACAAGCAGCACCACGAGCAGCAGCAGCGGCGUGACUACUGCUGCUGCAGUUCCUCAUUAUGCUCACCACCACAACAACAACAACCAGACAAGGUUCAUGAGCUUGUUGAACAUGAACCGCGGCGGCGGCAAUCGGCAGCAGCAGCCGUCGAAUUCGACUUCUCAGCUGGUGCUGGGAGUCGGAGGAUACUACGAUCAUCAUCAUCAUCAAUCCUCGUCGCAGCUGUCUGAUCAGGCGUCGUCGACGUAUCUCGACCAGCUGCCAAUGCAGGCGUAUUACCCUCUGCUGCCGGAUUUCCAGCAGAGUUCGCCGUGGCCGGCGACCCCGUCUUGUAAUAGUGGUGGCGAUUCUCCUUCAGGAUAG